CGAUUCCCCACUGAUCCUUACAUCUACUUGUCUCUCUCUCUUUCUCUGUACAGAGACACACACACUCACAGUUCCAUUCCUUUUUCACUGUAUCUUGCUGCCUAUAUCUAGUUUCCAUCAACAGUGAACCCUGUUGCCUCUUAUAUUUCAACAAACAUCUUCAUCUUCUCCUCCUCUGUUAUUAUCUCUGAUCUCUUCCUCUCUUCUUUUUUUCUCUUCAGCAUCAUCGUCUCUUCUGUAGUUGUUACAUCAAGCUUGUUCAUCUCUUGCUGUACAACUCUUUUGUGAUCUUUAUCGCUUUCUGGGUCCAUGGAUUUCCAACCAAAUACUUCUCUACAUCUGAGUUUACCAAAUAAUCAGAUAAAUCUAGAGCUUGUUCUUGAGCCUUCUUCUUCUUCAUCCUCUUCACCUUAUAGUCCUGCAGAGCCUCGGAUUUUCUCAUGCAACUAUUGCCAAAGAAAGUUUUAUAGCUCUCAGGCUCUUGGUGGUCACCAAAAUGCUCAUAAGCUGGAGAGAACCUUAGCUAAGAAAAGCAGAGAGUUAAGUUCAGCUGUUAGAGCUCAUGGAGGGACAAACUCUAGGUCUGGAUCAUCUAGCAUGAGUGGGUUCAACCUUGCUCGUCGGAAUCAAGCCGGUUUUGAGCACCGCCAUGGACAUGGUGCUAGGUUCGUUGAUGAAGUGGGAUAUGGAAGAAGAGAGAUGAAUUAUGGUGGUUCAAGAGAUGAUUCUUGGUCCACGGGUUACAGACCUGAAAAUGAUCAGGAAGAGUUAAACCAGCUUGAUUUGUCUUUAAGGCUUUGAUCGAAUUGCACCUUUGUAGUUUUUUAUUUUUAUUAAAAAAUUAUCCCUCUUGAAGAUUUUUUUUUUAUAUUUCUAAUUUCUAGCAGAAAAGAAAAUGGGGAGUACUGAAUCAUGAUACUACCAAAUUCAUCUGGGAAAAGCAAAUCAAAUAGUUGAUGCUAUUUUCUUUUUC